AUGUCUACGAGGAGAAGUGUAACCACGAAUAUUCAAAAACAAGUAGCAACUAAUAAUAAUAAUAGCAGUAUCAUUAAUAGCAACAAUACUCCAACGAUUCAUCGUGAGCAACAGGAAGAAGCAAGCGAAAAAUUAUUUAUUCAUCAUCAAGAAGAAAAUAUUAAUCAUCAUAAAUCUCCUCAAAAGAAGAGAAAAACAAUUACGAGGGGAUUAACCUUGGAUAAUAAUUUAAUAAUUAAUAAUAAUAAUUAUAAUAGUAGUAGUAAUAUUAAUAAUAAUUUUGCAAAUAGUAGGGAUAUCAUGUUGAGUCAUAGUUCGAGUGGUGAUUUAUCACAUCAUAGAAGUUCGUCAUCAUUGGAUGGUGUUUUUAAUGUAAUUACUGAUUUCUACUCAAAGGAAGUAAGCUCCUAUUCGAAUAAUAAUAACAACACAUUAUCAUCAGCAGAAGAAGGAACAACAUCAAGGCUUGUUGUGGAUGAGGAAAAUAUUGUUGAAAAUUCUUCAUCAAAUGAUGAAUCAUCAUCGGAACACAAUAAUCAGCAUCAGCAUCAUCAACAACAUGUAAAAACACCAGAGGAUGAAUCUGAUCAUUCGAUACAUACAGAAAAUUCUAGGUUAGUCACUGUUGAAAAUAUUCCAAACGAAGUUCAAUCACCCAUUGCUCAUGAAAAAUUGGGAGAUUACGAGAAAUGUAAGGAUUUGAGCAUUAUUCAAGAUUAA